AUGAAGAAUUCAAUCCGUAGAAUUCACCUACUCGUUCGAAAGAAUUUUGUCGUACUGUUAAAGCGGCCCAAGACUGUUUGUUUCCAAUUCCUCGUUCCAGCCCUCCUUGCAUCUCUCCUGCAAAUCGGUCGUUACAAUGUCGAGCGCGAUCUUACCUUCAUCAACAAAACUACAGUCUGGCCUUCCUUCCCUCUUGAGCCUAUGUACGCAAACUAUCUCAAGAAGAACGAGAUGCAGAAAUUUUUCAUUCCUUAUACUGCCCAAAAGAAUUCGUCUCAGAUUUCAUUCAUUACGAAUAAGCUGGCCGAGAUGCUGAAUCGUGCACUACCGGAAAAAUCAUUUUUUGGAUUGUUUGGAAAAACAACGAAUCCGUUUAAAUUCGAGCCAGUUUUCUUUGAAAGCGAAAAGGAUCUAACGCACUUCACGACAAACGAAGUCCAAGACGAGCAAGAAGUAUUUCUUGCGAUAAAUUUCCACGAAGUUUCGGCGAAGAUGCUCAAUUACACUAUUCGGCCGCUCGCAUCACCCCGCGCCGAACUGAAUGGUGAAAAAGUGCACGGGCAGAUUGGAUGGAUGACAAACCUGCUCUAUCCUUAUCGAUCAGAUAUUAAACGAAAGCCAAUGCUGAAUUCUAUCAAAGAUCCGAAAUUUGGAAAUCGACCGAAUUACUUCAAAGAAGGGAUAGUUUCAACGCAGCAUUUUAUCGACCUCUUGUGGAUGGAAACUUUCAACACGAAUUUCACCGCUUCUGAUGUUUCUCUUACUCUCCAGCGAUUUCCCUACCCGCCGUUUGUGAAAGACGAUUUCAUUAUCGCGAUCGAGCAGAAUCUCCCGUUCGUUCUUCUUCUUUCAUUUUCCUAUCUGACCCAGCAAAUUGGAAAGCAAAUCGCGAUAGACAAAGAAACAAGGAUCAAGGAAUACAUGUUGAUGAUCGGACUGGAUCGCUCCCUCCUCUGGAUGUCCUACUUCGUCUUCUUCUUUUUGCAAUUCAUCGUUAUUUGUUUUCUCGUGACAAUGGCUAUCUGUACUCCCUUGAGUCAAAACGGAGCGAUCAUCAACUAUUCCUCCUUUUCCGUCAUCUUUGCCUUCCUACUUCUCUACUGCGUCAGCCUCAUCGGCGUUGGCUCUCUCGUUUCGACCAUUUUCGACUCUUCAAGCUCCACCUCCGCCGCAUGUGGAAUCGUUAUCAUGCUUUUCUACAUUCCGUUCGGCUUUAUUCAGAACAAUAUCGAUGGAAUAUCUCAAUUUGUCAAACUUUCCCUUACCAUUUCUCCUCCUGUUGCGAUGGCGCUCGGCUGCUCGGUUAUUUCGGCCUGGGAGUCCUCUGCCUCUGGCGUUCACUGGAACAAUAUUUUCCAUCCAGUGUCGAUCGCUGAUUCGAUGACUCUUGGUCAUAUCUUUGCCGCGAUGAUCCUCGAUACAAUUAUUCUCCUCCUUAUAGCCUUUUAUGUCGACCAAGUUCGCCCUGGAACUUGGGGAAUCUCCAGACCCUGGUACUUUCCUUUUCAAUUCUUGAUCAAAUCUACUUCUCCUGUCGGCAAACGCGAGAAACAAGUUGAAAAUGCAUUUGUUGAGCCACUGCCGAAAUCAGCGGAGAUUGGAUUUAUGCUAUCUAAUGUCAACAAAAUCUUUCCUUCAAAAAGAACUGGUCGUCGAAUGGCUCUCAAUAACAUGAACUUCAUCGCACCAAGCAAUCAAAUAACUGUUUUGCUCGGGAAAAAUGGAGCUGGAAAGUCGACGACGAUGAAUUUACUUUCAGGCAUGCUUGAGCCGACAUCUGGAACUUGUCGUGUUGGAGAAUAUGACAUCGUUACCCAGACUCAACAAGCGAGAAAGUUCCUUGGCCUCUGUCCGCAGUUCAAUAUCUUGAUCAAGGAAUUGACCGUUCGGCAGCAUCUCGAACUCUUUGGUCAGAUAAAAGGAGCUUCGUUAGAGGAACUGAAGAAAGAAAUAGAAACUUUGAUCGACGAAAUUCAGUUGCGAGAAAAGAUAGACACGCGUGCUGGAAAUCUCUCAGGCGGGAUGCAGAGAAAGCUUUCGUUGGGAAUCGCGAUUGUUGGAGGAUCAAAGUACAUCAUCUUGGAUGAGCCAAGUUCAGGCGUUGAUGUUCGGGCUAGGUCGGAGCUUUGGGACAUCAUGAGCAAGUAUGGACGUGAUAGAACUCUCUUGGUUUCGACUCAUUACAUGGACGAAGCAGAGGCUAUUGGUCAUCGAAUCGUCAUGAUCAAUGAAGGAGAGCUGACCUGCGAUGGCACUAUAUCCUUUAUAAAAGAUAAAUUCAACGAAGGAUACUAUCUGAAUGUGUCUCUUGCUACAGCUGAUUCAAAAAUCGACGAUUACUUACUUGGCAAAGGAAUAAAUCGGCUGCAUUCAAAUGAUCAAUCACUUGAGCGACAAUAUCGCAUCCCUCAUCAGUUUCCGAGCAUGUCAGGCUUCCUUGAAGAAUUUGAGGGACAAGCAUCUGCGCUGAAAAUGGAAUCUUUUGGACUUUCUAUCAUGACAAUGGAAGAAAUAUUCCUUCAACUGUCGAAGGAGAAAAAUGACGAUCAAGUAAUCAACAUAAGCUUAGAUGAAAAAGAAGCAUCAGACGAGUGGGAUGACUGGCAAAAACCAAUAAAGCUGGAAACAGGAAGAACUCUUCUCAAAGGCCAAUUCUUGGGCGCGUUUCAUAAGUGCAGACUUUACGCACUAAGAAAUCGAAAAAUUAUUCUUAUGCAGCUCCUGACACCAGCUGUUUUGCUUCUGCUUUCGCUAAUACAGAUUCAAGUUAUCCCGGAGAUCGGAGGCUCUCCGAACCUUGAUUUGAGCAUGAAUCAAUAUGCUGAGAAUGGACAGAGUCUCUCAACCCCUGUUCACAAUCUGGAAGCUAAAUAUUUCAACCUUCUUCGGCCGAGUGAAGUUGUACUUGUUGGUAACCUGACAGAAUGGAUUCCAAAUGAGUUGACGAAGAUGAGAAUCGAAUUCAACAACAAAUAUAUUUUCGGCUUGGAGAAAGAUCAAAGCAGCUACAACGCCUUCUUCAACGCUCAAGCUUACCAUGCCGCUGGAACUGCUGUUCUUUACUCCGAUAGAAUUGUUGCUAGCGAAGUUCUCCCUGGGUCAACGAUUGUGACGAGCAAUUUUCCUCUUCCGAAGCAUUCAUCUUCACCUGCGGAAAAGAAGCGGAUAAAUGUCUCGAUGCAGGGAGCCAUCAUCGUGUUCAAUACAACUUUUGGAAUCAUGAUCAUGUUUGCAGCUUUUGCCAUGUUGCCAGUAAAAGAGCGAAAAGUUGGAGUCGCGACUUUACAACGAACGUCUGGAGCUUCGAUUUCCACACUUUGGUUUGCUCAGUAUUGCUGGGACAUCCUCAACACUUUGCCGAGUUUCGUGCUGCUUUAUUUCAUGUUCCUUUCGAUGAAGAGCUUGAAGGGUAUUCAGUUACUGCUCGAUUACUCUUCUGGGCUGUUCUCUUUGUCAUCGAUGUUCAUACUUGUUCAACUGCCAGUAGUUUACUGCCUCAGCUUCUUGUUUACAGAACCAGCCUCAGCGUUAUCCUACAUUUCAUCAAUCAAUUUAGUCCUAUCAAUGGCACCUUUUAUCACAACGAUUAUCCUCCGAGUUCCCGCUUUCGGACUCAUGGACACCUCCUGGCUUCUCAACAAAAUCUUCCUUAUUCUACCUCAGUACAACUUCGCGCAAGGUGUCUUCGAUUUGUACUACAAUGCGAACGUAUUGAACUUUUGCACCAAGAAUCGAAAGAAUGAGCUUCUCUGCGAAACAACCGGAAUCAAAUUUCAAAGGAACAUUUGGUCAUUGAAUGAAAUUGGCAUCGGAAGAUACCUCCUCGCCAUGUUUAUCCAGUUGAUUCUUGCGUUUGCGAUUCUCUUCCUGAUCGAAUACUUGCGAGCAAAUCACCUUUUAGAAAUAUGCACCAAUUUUUUCAAAUCACAAACACCCCUUACUGUUACAAACUUGCACAAAACUUACAAAGACUUCACGGCAGUAAAUGACAUCUCCUUCGAUGUUCAACUCGGCGAAUGCGUCGCACUUCUGGGCCCAAACGGCGCUGGAAAGACGACAACAUUCAAGAUGAUAACUGGCGAGAUUCCUAUAACAGGAGGAACUGCAGCUAUUUCUGGCUUUGACGUCGGGAAGAAUAGACUAGACGCUCUUCGAAAAUUUGGGUACUGUCCUCAAUUUGAUGCUCUUCUUGAUGUUCUUACCGGCCGUGAGCACCUUACUCUGUACUCACGUCUUCGAGGAAUCCCCGAAGAAAAGAUUGAAGAAGCCUCGAAAGUCUUACUUCGUCUCCUUGGAAUUGAAAAGUACGCUGACCAAAAAGUACUUGGCUACUCGGGCGGGACGAAGAGAAAACUCUCGGUCGGCAUCGCAAUGAUCGGUGGGCCACCUUUGCUUAUCCUCGACGAGCCAAGCUGUGGACUUGAUCCUAGUGCUCGGCACAAACUAUGGACUGUAAUCAAACGAGCGCGAAAUGCGAACAUCGCCAUCUUAUUGACCUCCCACUCGAUGGAAGAAUGUGCCGCCCUUUGCAAUCGUUUAGCAAUAAUUGUGUCAGGAAAUCUGAAAGCGAUUGGAACACAACAAAAACUAAAAUCAGAAUUUUCAAAUUCCUCCGAAGUGAUGCUCCAAUUUGAUAUCGAAAAAUACAACGUCUACGAAACGAAGAUAUUUCUACGAAAAGCAUUCAAGUCUAUUUGUGACAUCGAAUUGGUCCCACAUGGAAUGAAUACGAUUCGUUGUAGCUGCCCAAAGAGCGUUAAAAUGUCCUCCUUGUUUUCAGUCUUAGAAAAACUCAAAUCAGAAGAAAAAAUCACUGGUUUUACUGUCAAUCAAGCCACACUUGAGCAGAUUUUUAUGCAGCUAACGCGAACCGCAUGA